UGUAGUCAAUGUGAACUAUGACACAUUUCUUAUGAAAAUGAGAUUUUUGUAGUAUUAUAUUAAUAUUAUGAAAUUUCGUUGAAGGAAUUAAAAUAAAUUUUAUGACUUAAAACAAGUUUAAGUUAACAAAGUUUAAAAUGGUUGUGUGCCGAAGUUUUCAAGAAAUAUUUGAUUCGAUAGAUAUAAACUCGCCACUUAGUUUACCCAAGUAUAAGAAUAAUGUAUUACAAAUCGAAUUUACAAAAACAAAGACCAAUGAAACAGUGUAUAAUAUAAAACCGUCGCUACCAUUUGCUGCUAGUGAUAUUUACUAUUCUUCUAUAAUUAGUUCAAGAAGAUUGACUGCACUGGAUAGUAAUUGCAAGGCUGUGUAUGAAAUAUCAUUAAAUAUUGAGGGUAGCAAUUUUAUUUUCACACCAGGAGACACAAUAGCCAUUAUAGCACAUAAUAAAAAAUCUGAAGUGGACUUUAUAUCAAAUCACUUGGAUGUUAAGGAAGUACUAUACAAUGAUUAUAAACUCAGUUUGGACAGUGGACAGAAAGGAGCUAAGAUCCCAGUGCACAUCCCCAUUAAAUCAAAUUUAUACUAUGUACUAACACACUGUGUUGAUUUAAGAGCUGUAAUUAAAAAGCUAUUUCUAUUAGCAUUAUCUACACACACUAAAGACGAGAAUGAGAGAAAGUUAUUGGAAUAUCUUUGUAGUUCCGAAGGCUCUGAAGCUUAUAACGAUCACAUAUUGAACAAAGGGACAUGUAUUCUGGAUAUAUUUAAUACAUUUAAGUCCUGCAAACCUCCCGUCCAAUUACUGCUAGAGUAUUUACCGAGACUUCUACCACGACCAUACUCUGUUGUUACCAGCCAAGGUCCUGUUAUUAAAAUAUGUUUUUCUGUUAUGGAAAUUAAUAAUAGAAAAGGUCUUACAACUGGUUGGCUGGAAGAUAUGAUAGUGAAAAAUGAUAUUGUAAGUGAGAUGGAGAAAUUAACUAUGGAUGUAACGGAACAUAAAAUUCCGAUAUAUAUGAGGAAGAAUAUGAAUGAAUUCCAUCCACCAGCAAGUGUUGAAACACCAUUGUUAUUAAUCGGCCCUGGAACUGGGGUGUCACCUUACAUCGGUUUUCUAGAAGAACGAGAAAAAUUAAUUAAAAAUGCGGAUAGCCCUGGUGUCGUCUGGCUCUUCUUCGGGUGCCGGGACCCUAAACUAGAUUUUAUUUAUGAGGAUGAAUUAAAUAAUUUUGUAUCACGCGGUGUUCUUAACAGAUUGAGUACAGCAUUUUCAAGACAUGGCAACACUGAAAUAAGAUAUGUGCAAGAUCUUAUUAAGGAAAAUGGUGAAGAAAUUUCUAAACUGUUAGUCGAAGGUGCGCGAGUGUAUGUGUGUGGUGACGUUAAGGUUAUGGCGAAACAAGUUAAAGAAGCCUUCAUACAAUGUCUAUCGAAAUAUACAAAUACAAGUACUAAUGAUGCAGAACUGUUCAUAUUAAAUAUGCAGAAAGAAAAAAAAUUCUUAAUAGAUAUAUGGAAUUGACGUUUGUAUAAUAGUUUAGAGAAAUUGAAUAAAACAUAUUUAUUAUAUGAAAUUUAUUUACAAAGACAAUGGCGCAAUAAAUAAAACCACGCAAUUCUUUUACAAAAAUAAUUUAAUAGGCAAAAAUAUCUAUCAGUAAAAUGUUCAAAAAGUGUCAUUGGUGUAUAUACUUACGACUAUACUAUAGCAAUGCAGGUUUAAUACGAUAACACAAUUUCGUUGUGCGGCAAAAAUGCAUUAAAACAAAUUAUCUUACAACUACACAUGAAAACAGGCACUCGUGGUGGAGGGCUUUUUUAUUCACCGAAAUCCUCUUCUCAAUUAUUUCAAUUCCAAAACCAUUGCCUAAUAAUAAAAUAAUACUAAUUUAAACGCUAUCCAAAGUGUAUUACAUGUCUUACAGUAUUCCUUAUUCUAGUAACUACAUAAAUAAAAUGGCCGCCAUGCUUUGAAAAAAAAAAA